GCAGCAGCAGCAGCGCGGCUCUCAGCAUGUCUGGCCGGGGCAAGGGCGGCAAGGGGCUCGGCAAGGGCGGCGCCAAGCGCCACCGCAAGGUGCUGCGCGACAACAUCCAGGGCAUCACCAAGCCGGCCAUCCGCCGCCUGGCUCGGCGCGGCGGCGUCAAGCGCAUCUCGGGGCUCAUCUACGAGGAGACGCGCGGCGUGCUCAAGGUCUUCCUGGAGAACGUCAUCCGCGACGCCGUCACCUACACGGAGCACGCCAAGAGGAAGACGGUCACGGCCAUGGACGUGGUCUACGCCCUCAAGCGCCAGGGUCGCACCCUCUACGGCUUCGGCGGCUAAAGCCUCACCGUCCAGCUGGAGCACCGUCACAAAAACCACAAAGGCUCUUUUAAGAGCCACCCACCUAUUCCUUGAAAAGAGCUGUGUUACAAUGUUGCAAGACAUAAAGAAAACUAUACUAUUCUUAAACCUUUCCAAAGCUGUUAGCGCAAUGCUACUGAUGUUUAUGAGGGCUCUGCAAUGUGUCUAUUUGCUGAUAACAGGGAGUUGGAUGAGGCGGUUCUUUUGAGUUCCAAAUUCUCUUGUAAAAAUCGCUUCAAAUACUCUUAAAUUUGAAUGUGUAUUUUUGCAAUGUCCACCGAUUUAAACAAUUAUGUCAACUUAUUCCAUGUCUUAAUUUUUUUAAAUUUUGUAUUAGACUAAGAAUUUCUUUGAAUUAAUGUUUCAACUACGGAAGAAUUGGAAAGUUGCCCUGGAGUGAAUGUUUUCUUUCUGAUAUUUCUAUUCCCCUCCCUCCCUCCACCCCCUUCAUUUCCUUGUCUAUGACACGUUUACUUUUAAAAUAAACGAGUAAAUCUAA